CAAAGUUGAAAAAGAAGCGUUCACUAUUUCGUAGCAGGUGCCAUUGCACUCUCCUUCGCUUUGCUCCACUCCCUCCACCUUUCGAUUCCCAAGUCUAGAGAGUCCAACCCUCGAAUCCAAUCUCUCUCUCUUUCUGUUUGUAUAUUUAUAAAAGGAUCAGACCGCAUCUCGUCUCUUUACGGAGGAAAUCGCAUCUUCCAGGGAGGAAAACCAUAAAAAUACAGUAAGAAAGGAAGAGAAAAGGGUUUCCGUCUCGUUAAGAAUAGAGAGAAGCUAUAGCCUGCGACUCGAAUUCGAAUGGCAUCUGUCUGAAGUAUAAAUUCUGAAGAAGUAUAAUCUCUAUAUGGAGUUGACGUUCAAAAUGUACCAAACCCUUAUGGUGUAGGAAAAGCUAUCGGUGGAAGUGAGUUUUAACUGGAUCAACUUGUGUGGGAAAAUCAUUGUUAUUUACCAGACAACGUCUGCUUACUAAGAGUAUAAUGGAUCAGCAAGCUCAUGGACAGCCCCCUGUCAUGGGAGUGGUUGGUAGUGGAGCGCAAAUGCCAUAUGGUGCAAACCCAUAUCAAGCUAACCAAAUGAUGGGGGCCAACCCUUCUGGAUCAGUUGUCCCAUCUGUUGGUUCCAUUCAAUCUUCGGGUCAGCCAGCAGGUUUCACAGCCUCCCCUGCUCAGCUUGCACAACACCAACUUGCUUAUCAGCAUAUUCACCAGCAGCAGCAGCAGCAACUACAGCAACAACUCCAGUCUUUUUGGACAAGUCAAUACCAAGAAAUUGAGCAGACAACUGACUUCAAGAACCAUAGCCUACCACUGGCAAGGAUCAAGAAGAUCAUGAAGGCUGAUGAGGAUGUACGAAUGAUAUCUGCAGAAGCACCUGUCAUAUUUGCCAGGGCCUGUGAGAUGUUCAUCUUGGAGUUGACACUGCGUUCAUGGAAUCACACAGAGGAGAACAAGCGCCGGACACUCCAGAAGAAUGACAUUGCAGCAGCGAUUACAAGGACUGAUAUCUUUGAUUUUCUGGUCGAUAUUGUGCCCAGAGAGGAUCUGAAGGAUGAGGUACUUGCCUCAAUGCCUAGAGGGGGGUCCCUGCCAGUUGGAGGUCCAGCUGAACCUCUUCCGUAUUACUAUAUGCCACCUCAGCAUUCGCCACAGGUUGGAACUCCAGGGAUGAUCAUUGGUAAGCCUGUGGUGGAUCAAGCACUAUAUGCUCAACAGGGUCAUCCUUACAUGUCUCAGCAGAUGUGGCCUCAACCACCACAGCAACAGCAGCAGCCACCACCCUCAGAUUCUUGAGUGGAGAGGACAGUAGCUUUAGCUUGCGUUGGGGGAAAAAAAUGUAAGUGGAAUCUAUAAUCUGUCAGCGAAUAGUUGGGAGAACAGUGGUAAGUGAACAAACUAUAUUUGUAAUUGCUUGGUUUUAGGAUAGUAUGCGACCCCCAAUGGCUUAUAUAAGAACAGAUGGAACAAAGCAUGGCUUUUGGCUUUGGGCUUUUGUUCAAUUCCUUCAUCUUAAAGUAUGUUAAGAUAAUUUUUACCCGUUAAUUAUUGCGCUCCUUAUGAAGAAAGCAUUGGGCUUACUUGGUUUUGCGGAACUUUGGGG